ACGCCCCUCUCAAAUGCUGCACCCUGACAACUCUCAGUCUCAGCCAGCACGAGAGCAGAGCGGGUAGAGCGAGUAGCUGGUGGACGCUGGCCGGAUGGUUAAAUCUAACCUACAAACGAUUUUGAAUAGUCAUUGUUUUGUUAGAGAAAAGGAAAGAAACGUAUCCGAGAUGCCUUUUAUUGAGAAAUCCAGUAAUAAACCUGAAAGUGAAAGUAUCUCCAGUCCCAGGAGGUGCACCCGCUGUUGCAGUAACCUGUGUCCGGGGCCUCUGUGGUGCUCCGAUGCCCCUCUCCCACCCCUGAAGAUCCCAGGUGGGCGAGGGAAUGACCAGCGGGAUCGCAAUCUUUCAGCUAAGCUAUUUUAUUCUGAUGCUCAGUUGCUGGUUCUUGAGGAGCCGCCCCCUGCCAACAGCAGAGUGCGCUUCUUGCUCUUUGAGCCCUGUCGCUCUGAAGGCAAACGCUGUGUCUGGAGGGCAGCGCUGAAAGGGGGGAACCUUUACAUUGAAAUUCCUCCUGGGGCUUUGCCCGAGGGCAGCAAAGACAGUUUUGCUCUUCUGUUGGAAUUUGCUGAAGAGCAGCUGCAGGUGGAUCACGUCUUCAUCUGUUUUCACAAGAACCGUGAUGAUAGAGCAUCCCUGCUACGUACAUUCAGUUUCCUGGGCUUUGAGAUUGUGAGACCAGGUCAUCCCCUCGUCCCGUCCCGCCCUGACGCUUUCUUCAUGGCUUAUAGCAUCGAGCGAGACUCCUCUGAUGACGAUUAAAUGAUGUUGAACAGUUAUAAAUGUUUCCUCUUAUUUUUGUCCAUACACACCUUUAAUUUUUUGGAAAUGAACAUAUUAUCUGAGUUCAGUAUGGCUGAGGUUUGCUGUUGUUUCCUUAUUGUUUUAUCUUUACUUACUAUGUGCUGUUUCAAUGAUAUUUGCACUAGGGUAAGAUGUUAAUGAAACAGGAAUGUAAAGCAAGUGCACACAUAAUAUCCAGGCAGUGUGUCCUUGCUACUGUAUUACUGUCCCUGAUGUGUAAUGCUGACUUCCUAUUUGUCCACCCGCACGUCAACCUGAUCAUCUCUACAGUGUAAUAUUUGAUAAAAUUAAAUCCAACUCAUCUAAGUAGAUAUUUUUCAUUGUAAUUAUCAGUUGAUUCUCCUGUUUAUAUUGCUUUUUAAUGUGUGCAUGAUUUUCAUUUGUUCCUUUGAUUCGCUUGAUAGAAAUCUGCAUGUUGUGGCUGUAUUAAAUAAAAGUUCUCACCUUAGA